AUGAUUGAAAUCAUCACCGAGAGCCUACCCCGGCUGGAAUUAUACAAGAAGCUACAGUCAGACCAAUCUCUUCAAAUUGCACUCUUGAAUAUAUUCACGGAUAUCGUGGAAUUUUGCGAGGUUACAUACAAGUACUUCAAGCGCGGGACGCUGGUGCGCAUAGGAAAGUUGAUCCUAACACCUCUCAAGACGGAAUUUGAAAAGAUGUGCAAGCGCCUCAGAUGGCAUACGAAGAAUGUCGAUGAUACUGCAGUCGCCGUCGAGCUUUUGCGGGCUGCCGACUUCCGAGCCAAGAUGCAGGCGCAGAACGCCGAGAAUAUGAGGUCCAGGUGCGACACCUGGCUGAACCCGGCGAAUAUGCUGGGUGUCCAUCAGGCAAGGUCCCGGACGAGAGUCACCGGCACGUGUGAGUGGCUGUUGUCGAGCCAAGCAUACGAUAGCUGGGUCAGGACCGAGAGCGACCUGGCCGAGGACAGGCUACUCAGUAUUCUUGGCAAGGGCGGCUGUGGGAAGUCCAUCCUUUCGUCUUAUAUUGUAGACAAGACGCAAGAGGGACAUGGCAUCACAAUCUAUUUUUCGUUCUCGGGGGCGGAUGCACCUCGCCAGACGCUCCAAAGCCUGGUUCGCUCGUUGGUGUCGCAACUGGUUCAUAAGCCCGAGUAUAUAAGCGGGUACGAACUGGUGCAUGAACUGACUAUGCAGGAAGGGUAUUCGAUGGAUGAUCUGUGGACUCUUCUGCAUAAGAUUCUCGCCUUGGGUACGGCUACUCUAUUCUUAGUUGUCGACGGAGUAGAUGAGUGUUCUGAGCCAGCCGAACAGCUAGUCGAACAGGUCAUGAAUAUUCUCACCGUUGUUCAAUCUUGCAAGAUUGUCCUCCUUGGAAGAGCUCAUGUUUCGGAGCUGAGAAGCCAUAGAAGCAACAUUAUCGAGAUGGACUCCACGGUUAUCAAGGCCGAUUUGCAAUCAUUUAUCACCACCCAAUUCCGCUCAAACACCAGACUUUACAGCCUUGGCUUACAGGAUUCCAUUUCUCAAACACUGAUCGAGAGAUCUGAUGGCAUGUUCCUCUGGGUCAAGCUCAUGAUUGAUGAUUUGUCGAGGGCCUCCUCCGUGUCCGAGGUGACCCAGAAACUGGCAUGCUUGCCAAGAGGACUUCACGCAGCAUACCACCAAAUCAUUCAGCACCUUGUACAGACUCUGGACGAUUUUGAGAUCCAACUGGCACAAAAUAUUCUCAGUUUCGUCGCAGCAGCAGGAAGGACGCUGGAGGUCGAAGAGCUGCACUGCCUUCAGGCCCUGUGCUCCCGGGCCAGCGCCAAAGAUUACGGCCCAGGGUCCAUACGUAACCAUGUUUUUAUCGACCCAUCCGAGAGGUUUUCGCGCGUAUGCGGUGGUCUGAUUCACAUACUGGAUGGAAAGGUCACACUGGUGCACAUAACCGCAAAGGAGUUCCUGCAAAGGCCAGCCAACAAGCUGGAAACUCAGAACCACCCUCAAGCGCUGAGCUUUAGGGUUGACCUGGUUCGUUCUCAUGAGCUGUUUGCCACAGCCUGCCUCGACUUUCUGCUGCUCGACGGCGCCGGAAUGAGCCAGACGGACGCACCACAAAGUCCUAUGACCAAGAACAUGCGGUUGUUCUUCAAGUAUGCUGCAAAGUUCUGCGUCCACCACAUCAAAAAUUCUGGGCCAAUUUCUGAAAGAAGAUUGGCGAGAAUCAGACAGCUCAUCAAUUCGGGUGGGAUGGUUUCUCUGUACGAGCACUAUUUUGUACUCAUCCUUGAAGAUGGGUACUAUGAAGAUCUAGAAGAUGAAUUCUCGAGCUUCUUCCAAUGGGCCGAGACCCUGAAUCUAGAGCUUGGACCACAGAAGUCUUUCUGCACUGUUGCCCAUGAAGAGUGCAUCCAGAGAUUCGGCGCUGAAGACUGGCGGACCAAAGAGCUGGUGAGUCUACUAACGGACGAACCACCACCAACAGAACAUCCGCAGGUUGAUCCAACCGACAAGGUGGGAAGCAAGGAGGCCGCCAAGAGAGUCUCGGCCCUUAUGAACUUGCUCAAAGAGAACCAGCAACUGCAAAUACUAACCAAAAUCGAUCUGCUUCUGAACAUGGGAUCACUGAUCAGGAUAAAGGCGUUGACUGAUCCUCUUGAGGCACUCUUCCUCUUGAUAAUGAGGCAAGCGCACAGACUCCCAGCCGUCUUCCUGAUGCUCGUCGGUGGCUUCUACCUGGAUUUCAAAAAGCCACGACAGGCUUUGGCUGCUUUCGAGGCCGCUCUUGAAAAUGUAGAACAUCUCGACACGGCACUAAAGUUUGAGAUAUUGGAUAUCAUCGGCAAGAUAUAUUAUUGCAAUCUCAUUGAUUACACAAAGGCCGAGGCUGCCUACCGGAAGUCAGCAUCGGGCAAGCGUGAAAUGCUCGGGCCUGAUCACGAAAAAACGCUACAUAGCCUUGACAAGCUGGCAGACGCGCUUUACAAACAGAAAGAUUACGCCGCUGCCGUGGAAUUAGGGAUGGAAGUCUACGAGAAAAUGAUGGCGUCACAGCUCAGUGCCACCUCUUCCGAAGAAAAACCGGGCGACGCUUGUUUCGACCAAAGUCAGUUCUACGAUAAAUUCAGACAGCUACGUCUGAUGAGAGAGAAAUUGCUUGGGAAAGAAAAUUUCGGUCUGACUGGAGUGUCGCAUAGCCUGGCGUGUACUCUACAUGCACAGGGCUAUUUUGACCUCGCCAAGAUCUUAUGGGCAUAUGACGUCGAAGCUUGUAAACGGCUGCUUGGGGAGGAUCACGCAAAUACCUUGAUCGCUAUGAGAAAUUUAGGUACUGUGGUGGUGACUCUCGACCCGCUAGAAGCGGAGAAUAUAUACAGGCAGGUAUAUGUCUCCCGGAAGAACACGCUGGGGGAGGACCAUCCGAAGACGCUUCAGAGCCUUUUAGCUAUAGCAUAUACACAGUACAGGCAGAAGAACUACUUUGCUGCCGAGAAGACAUUCCGUGCGGUCAUCAGCAUCAAUGAAGAGAUUCGAGGAGAUAGAUGCACAGGGUUCCUCGAUCCUGUGGAGUCUUUGGCGCGGACCCUUUUUUCCCUGGACAGGUUCGAAGAAGCAGAAGUUCUCGACAGGCAGCUCCUUGCAAAAAGGGAGAGCGAACUUGGAGCCAAAGACCCGAAAACUCUACGCAUCUUGGUACAUUUAGGGCAAACGCUUCGCGCAAGAGGAAAUUACAAAAUGGCUCUCAAAUUGGGGCGAGAAGCACUGCAGGAUCAAGAGCAUUUAUUAGGAAAAGAACACCCCGAUACUCUCGAAAGCAUGUAUCAGGUGGCAUACUCCUACCUCAUGCUGGACCAGAAAGAAGAAGCCAAACAGGUAUGCUUCAAUGCUAUUGAGAGACAGGUGCGAAUCUUGGGCACGGAGGAUGUGGUCACAUGGGGAACCAUCGUUCUUCUCGCCAUGAUAUACACCCAGAAGAGACCGUAUUGGUAG